GGCACCACGACACUACUGUACGCAAGAUGGCGGACGUGAGUAGCCAAGAGAAACUCACCAGCUUCCGGCUGGAGGUGUCCAGGAAUCAAGUGCCGACGGGGACCGAAGUCGAGAUUACUGCCCGCAUGUUCGGUGGGAGUGACGUUACAAUGGUGUGGAAUUUCGGUGAUGGUCACACCACUAAAGAAGUUGUUAAAAGCGUCCUAGCGGGACAGCGUUUCCUGAAGAAGCACAUAUUCAAGGAGCCCGGCACGUACGUGGUGCAGGUGAAUUCCUCCAACCUGCACGGGAACUUCAUCGCCCGCCGGAGUGUCUCCGUCCAGAGGCCCGUCACCGAGGCCUGGGAGCUCUUCACGAACUCACCGGUCAUCCUACCGGAGGCCAUCUACCUGACACUGACCUACCCCAAAACGGAGAAGCUCCCCACAGACGCCGUGGCGCGAAUAGCGUUCGGCGACCGCCAGAAGAGCAAGUGGAAAGUGCCCAGCGAGUCCGCCGAGAAAGUGUCACAGAAGUUCAGCCACGUGUACCUUCGGCCGGGACACUACAACGUUGCCGUCAACAUCUCCAACCUGAUAUCGCACUACGUUCUCACGACCAGGGUGGAGACGGCCACUCGAACCACGGGUCUGCUGGCCAAGGUUCAGUUCCAGCCGACGGACGACGCACCGCUCCGGGUCGGGCUCGGGUCGGCCAACGACAUCUUCCCGACCACGCGACCCGUCGUGUUCACGGUCAAGACGGGAACCGAACAGAAUAAUGUUCUUAGCAUCUUUGGAUGGCUCUAA